AUGGCCCCAUCAGUGGAGGACACGGAGUGGUAUCAAGUCUUCAAUAAUUACAUCUCAGAUGUUGUUAAAAUAUUAGAUGGAGACAGCGCCACCAUAGAUGAUAGUAGCAAUUGCAUUCGAGAUUUUUCUAGUAAUCACGAUCCUGACACGCUCCUUAUAACCAAAGAAAAGCUUCAUAACCAGUACAGAAUAUACAACGCGACAGCUCCGAUUAAACCCAUUAUCAAUGCAAUUGAAUCAAUAAUAUUUGUUAUUAAAUCGAAAGGCGUAUUGGUGAUGGAUGAACCACUUGGCUCUCAAUUAAAUAUAAUUAGCAUACCGGUAUCUUCAGACACCAGCACCAAUGAUUUGUCUAUCGAUGCUUUAAGGGAUGCAUUGGAUUUAGGUCUCUUUCCUUAUUACGACCUCGUUUCUUCGGAAAGGGGUUCAAACUUGACAAGGAAAAGAUUCAUUGAAUUAUCUUUGGCGUUGCAAACAACUCGAUCAAUUCAAAUACCUAAUUUAGUCACAACAACUCACCCAAAGAUUAGGAGUAUUAUAUCAGGGGAUGUAGAGAUGUCACAAGACCUACUUGAUGACAUUGCAUUCAUCAAUGAGUUGACGGCAGUGUCUAAUGAUUGGAUCCACCAAAUACUGUCGAUAACAAAAAUUAGCCAUUCAACAAUGGAUAGCAAGUCUAUACGCGAUGAAAUACAAUUUUGGAACACUGUUGAAAUAGCCCUUACAUCAAUAGGUAAACAAAUCAAAUCUCCAGAGGUCGCUACAACUUUGGAUGUUUUGAGUAAAGCAAGGAAAUUUCACAUCACAUUGAGCUUCGAAAAUGAUAUAGGGUUGAAAGAAAUGACAGCCACUGCAUCUUCGUAUAGGGCCUUUUUUAAAGAUAUACCACUCGAUGAGCUUUUGGUUGAUGAAGUUGCAGAUUACGAUUCAUUCAAUAAUGGCGUGUACGACGUGUUGUCAUAUGUAAAUCAAAAAUUGUCCCUGUUGCCGAUUCCUGCAGAAAUUGAUAUCAUUCAAUUGUUAUUGAAGGAUGUUUGCCGCAAACUUCAGGAUCUAAUAUCCAAACAUGAGAUAAUGUCUCUAGAGUAUACCUCCUUCAGGAAGCACCAAGCUAUCGUGACAAAAUCUAUCAACGCCAUUAACGAUAAGCUAAAGGCGACAACCACCGUACUACGGGAGAUUGCCAGGAAACGCCAGGAGAAAAUCAAACUGAUCUCUAUCGACAAAUCAGAACUCGAUUCAAUUAGCUUUAAAUUAAAGUUAUUAACCGCCUUCCGAACUAACCAUGAAAGCUUAAUGCAUAGUGUUGAGAAUGCGCUAAGUGCCGAUGAAAGAUCAAGGUGUGUCAAGGACCUCAUAGAGGCAUACAACAAAUACAUCAUCCCGAUAGACGUUGCUGACAUAUCUCAUGAAGGCAAGCUGGUAUGGAGUAUGCAUGAAGGUGCUUACAAAAAAGUUUUCAACACCAUUUUUACAAGCGUUGUAACCAGAAUAAAUGGAUUUUUCAACAAUGCUGAACAGUUUGCAGACUAUUUGAGUAUAUAUUACCAAUUUUUUCCCAAUUUGGACUCGUCUAAUGAUAACAAUGCAUCAUUUAUGACAAUAAAAGAUAAUCAAAAGUUGAAGAUUCUCGAUUGCGCUAUGCUGGAAAUUCAGUCAUUGAAAGAGGAUAUAAACACUUGCACCUUAAACGAUUACAAAAAGAUACUUUACGACAAAGGCUUGAUAUCGAAAUUGAAUUUUUACCGAGAGUCACUAAGCAAACUUUUGGGUGUAGAUUGGAAGAAUUUCUCCGUUGGGUCAAAGAUAGACACUCUCACGAACAAUUUGAUUACCACCUUGGAUCCGAAGAAAGCAUACGCUGAUUGGGUUUCAAACGAAAAGGCAAUGCAUCCUAGAGACAUGGGUGUACUACUAAAGCGCCCCAAACAUGGUGAUGGAUGCUAUGCUUUAAAACUAAACCUUGACAUGCAGAAGCUCCAGCUGUAUGAGAGUGGUGUAGUUUUGAAAAAUUUGGGUCUCAGCACAUCCAACACGUUGAACCACAGAAAACAAGCAGCAUUUUGUCAAAUUGCCAUUGAAAUUGAGAAUGUAAUUGACAUGCUUAACAGGGUGUUUGAUGUAACAAAUGGUCAACUGAAGACCCAAAUUUUUGAAUUCAUCUCAGGAGAUGUAUACAAACUCAUCCCUUUAGUGAAACAACUUUCUCGACUUGAAUGGAAUCAUCUAUGGCAGGCUAUUGAGUUAGUCAAUCAAAACGAUGCACUACUAAUGAGAAGUGAAAGUUUGGUGGAGAUGCAAGCGUUGAAUUGUUUACAGCAAGUGACUCAAUUGUUGAUGCACAUUAAUGCUCAAGUUAACAAAAUUCAGAAUUUUUUCAUCUUCGUGGAACAGUGUAUCUUUAAACUCAAGACUGCUUAUUUCGAAGCAGCGCAAUUUCUGGAGGUAUUAGACAAGUUGCAACACAAGUUGGAUGAAACUUUACUCGACGGACUAACCUCAGAUGAAAAAUUGAGAUGCUUGGUUCGGCACAAAGUUGAAAGCUGUUUAUAUGGACGCUUGUGUGACCAAUUGACAUUGCUAUGCAAUGCCAUGGUUUCACAUGACUGGAACGAAUCCAUUAACCGUGAAAAUUAUGUGACGCAAUUCCCAUCGUACCUGCACACAUUGACCUUUAGCGAGGGGGUGAUAGUAUUGAACCCCUCAUUAAAAGAGGGAAGAAAUCAUUAUUUUCAGGAAGUGCAUCUGUUUGUUGCCAUUGUAUCCAAUCGAGGCGAUAAUUUGAAUUGGCGACACUCGUCAAGGACGGCAGAUCUCACAAAGCACGUUUCAGCAAGGAACACUUUGAAUCUUGUCACCGGAAGGAUUGAUGCUAUCUAUAAUGAUAUCGAAAACUACGUAAGUAAAUGGAAAACGAUUCAAACCUUAUUGGAUGUGAGUCUUGAUGAAGACAAGGAGUGGAUAUUUGUUGGAGACGAACUCAAGAAUUGGUAUCAGACUUUACGAGACGUUUGCGAAUUGGGGAAGGUCUUCGAUGAGUCGAGAGUUGCAUUUGGUGGACUUAUAAGUGUUGACGCUCACCAUAUCCUGGCAAAGUUGUUUGUUUUAUACGAACCUUUCAAGAAGCGCUUGUUUUCUGAAUUUUCGGACAAGUUUUCGCAAAUCGUUCAAGCAUUAGAGGAAAGCGUUAGAGUUGCACAAAGCGGCUUGAACAAGCGUCUAGAUUUUAGCCUGGAGGCUCAUCAACUUGUUUUCGAUUUAGGAGAUAUAGCCAAAGUUAAGAAGGAAACUUACGAAUGGGAAAAAUCAAUUGUGUUAUUCGAUACAAUUGAAAGAUUUCUUUCGAGAUAUCGUUUCAAGUUUCCUACCAAUUGGUUGUAUAUUGCACAAUUAGAAACUGACUUUGCAAAAGUUCAAGCCCUAUUGAAGGACAAGGAAUUGCUGGUGAAGAAUAACGAAGAUCAAGUUCUUUCAAUUGUACAACGUGAAUCGCUCGAAACAAGUAGACAACUACAAGACUUGACCAACGAUUGGACAAAAGCGAGACCAACUGAUGGUGACUUGAGACCUGCUGUUGCUCUACAAUGUUUGAGCGAAUACCAACACAAGUUCAAAACGUUGUGCUCAUUCGGAAUGUUGCUCAAUGAAGUUGCAAGCAACUUGAAAAUGGAGCCACCGUUUAUUAAAGACGUGCUGGAAAUUAUGGACGACAUUGUGCACCUUAAAGAGGUCUGGAGCUCAGUAAACACUUUGUGGGAAGACUUGCAGCAAAUGAAACACACUCCUUGGGCUAGUGUUAGCGUUCAUAAUGUGAGUUUGAAGCUACGUGCAGCUUUGAAUUCCAUCAAGGAACUCCCAUUCAGCGUUCGUCAAUACUCAGCAGUUGAUGAAUUAAAGCAAGAAAUUAAGAAGUACUUAAAAUUGCAACCCAAAGUGUUGCAGAUAAGUAACUCUUUUUUGAAAGAUCGUCAUUGGAAGAAGAUAUUAGAACAAUUAUGCCCCUCAGUGAAGGCAGCAAACACCACUCUUGGCACAAUUUGGCAAUUAAAUUUGGACUUGAAUUUCCAAUUAAUCCAAGAUGUAUUAGAUCAGGCGCGUGAUGAGCAAACAAUUGAAGAAAGUAUUGGUAAGAUUGAGGAAACAUGGUCAGGAAUUUACUUUGAGCUUUUUAAUUACGAAAACAGAUGUCGGUUGGUUAAAAAUUGGGACGCCUUAUAUGAUCAAUGUGAAGCAAACUUGGAUGUCAUCAAUUCGAUAAAGAAAUCUUUGUACGGUGAUACAUUUGAGAAAAGUGUAACGGAGUGGGAACUGAAAUUAAAUACUCUUCAUGCAAUAUUGGAUGUCUGGGUUGAGGUGCAGCGAGAUUUCAUUCAUCUAGAUGGGGUUCUUGGAAAGGAUAGUAACGAAGUAAGGAACUUGUUACCUCUUGAGCAUACAAGAUUCCAAAAUCUCGGUUAUGAAUUCAUGUCCUUAUUGAAGCAAAUUUACAAGUACAACCAAGUCAUUGAUAUUAUUUUGAUAGGGGACAUACAAGGCCAAAUGAAUCGCUUUUCAAGCAGUUUGAAAAGAAUUCAAAAGUCUCUAACAGAGUAUUUAGAGAAACAACGUGAUCUUUUUCCUCGAUUUUUCUUUUUAGGGGAUGAGGAUUUGCUCGAGGUGAUUGGAUUUUCAAAAAAUGUUACAAGAAUUAACAGGCAUUUGAAAAAGAUGUUUGGCGGAGUUGCAAGAAUCAAUUUUGAUGAUGAUAGCCACUCUAUUGUAAGCGUGGCGAGUGAAGAAGGCGAGAUUUUGCAAUUAAGGAAGCGAGUUUCGUUAGUAAAGCAUCCCAUGCUUCAUGAGUGGCUUCUUGAACUAGAACUUCAAGUUCAGCAAUCGUUAAAGCACCAGCUCCAUACCAAUUUUGAACCAUGGAGUGUGUUUAUAAAGAGUGGGGAGCAGGAGGAAUUGAUAAAAUUGCUAAAUAGAACCACCAGCCAAAUUUCGAAUUUACUAGUGCAAAUUGUUUUUACCCAGUGGAUUGAGAGUUUGAUCCAGUCUGAUAUGCUUGUUGUGGGCUCGCGGAUACGUCAGCUAAUCCAAUCGUUUGUCAGUUUACUUGAAACAUGUCAGGAUGAAAUACUUCGAAAGAAAACGCAGAAUAUCAUCAUCGAACUUCUCCAUCAGCGGCAACUCACAGGUACGCUUCAAGAUGCGAUUACAGAAAGCAGGGCAUCCUUAUGGGAUGUGCAACAAAGAUUUUAUUAUGAUGAAAAAACGUCAGAGGUUAUAAUAAAGCAAGCCUUUUCAACUUUCAAUUACGGAUUUGAGUAUUUGGGAAUUCCUGAAAAAUUAGCUUACUCACCAUUGCUUAACAGCUGUUUCUUAAACAUGACACAGGCUUUAUCAAUGAAAUUAGGGGGCUCUCCAGUGGGUCCAUCAGGUACUGGGAAAACAGAAUCGGUCAAGGCCCUUGGUCAGAAUUUGGGAAAGAUGGUCGUGGUUUUUUGUUGUGAUGAACAAUUUGAUUAUCUAUCCAUGGGUAGGAUUUUCCGUGGAUUGUGCAAAGUGGGCGCCUGGGGUUGUUUUGAUGAAUUUAAUCGAUUGGACGAAGCCAGCUUGAGUGCCGUGUCGUCCCAAAUUGAAUCAAUACAGUACGGUCUUCAACAUCCACUGGUCCUGAUUGAGUUGUCCAAUCGAGUUGUACACGUAAACCCCGAAUCUGCUGUAUUUGUCACCAUGAAUCCGGGUUACGCUGGUAGAAACGAGCUACCUGUGAACUUGAAGAAGUUGUUUCGAACUUUCCAAAUGAACAAGCCUGAUGUUCAACUUAUAAUCGAGGUAUUGUUGACCUCAAUGACUUUUGCAUCAGCGCAUGAGUUGUCUAUUUUGGUCACUCAAUUUUUCACUGAGAUUGCAAGAAAGGUAUCCAGUCAGAAGCACUACAGUUUUGGAUUGAGAGCCGUAAAGACGACACUUGGCUUGUGUGGUAAAUUGAAGUACAGAGAUGGUGACAAAAGUGAGCACGAAUCAUUGAGAGAGUUUGAAAUUGUUAAACGUAGCAUCUACGAAACGGUAUUACCGAAGUUAACUUUCAACGACGUUCAAGAGUUUACUCUUUUGCAAGAUCGUUGCUUUCCUGGUAUCACCAUUCCACUAGGAACUGCUGGUUUGAAAAGGGAAGUUGAGAGAAUUUGCCAUGAACAGGGAUAUCAAACGAGUCUGGGUGCAGUGGAGAAGGCUUUGCAACUUGCAAGUAUACAAAGUUCCCAUCACGGAAUAAUGCUAGUUGGAGAAUCGGGAUCUGGAAAGUCAACUGUUUUAAAUUUAACUAUGAAGGCAUUGACAAUUUUUGAAAGUGUUGAGCACACAUCUGUCGUAAUAAGUCCCAAAGUGUUCUCAAAGGAGCAUUUGUAUGGCAAAUUUGAUGCUCUUACCAAGCAGUGGACAGAUGGGCUAUUCACUAGCGUGUUGCGAAGAAUUCAAGAGAACGCAAGGGGAGAACUAGAAAAAAGGACAUGGAUCGUUUUUGAUGGAGAUGUUGAUCCUAUAUGGGCAGAGAAUCUCAACAGUGUAUUGGAUGAUAACCGGGUACUUACCUUGCCUACUGGGGAGCGUUUAGUUUUGCCCUCGUCUGUAUCAAUAGUAUUUGAAACUACCAACUUGGACAAUGCAACACCCGCCACCAUUAGUAGAUGCGGAAUGGUAUGGUUUGAUAAGUCACUGGUGACCAACGAUGAUAUUUACUCGAGAAUUCUUUUCAAAUUGACACAUCACGAUAUUCGUCUUGAUGAUGAUGGGGUACAAAACGACAUGCACUUGGCUUCCUUGACAAAGGAAUUAAUAGGGGCCGUGAUUUCGAUUAUGACACCUAAUUUAAUUGAACGUUUGGACUCUGAAAGUAGGCAGUUGGAGCACAUCAUGAAGUACACUCUAGAAAGGGCCGUCAAUACCUUUCAAGUAUUGGUAUUUAGCUACGUCAAAAGCUGCUUGCAAUGUGCCAUCAAAGUUAAGACUGAUUUGAUAAAUUCCAAAGUAUAUGCUGGCAAAAUCAGCAUUUUAGCUUUAAUCUGGGCAUUUGCUGGAGAUUGCUCAACUGAGGAGAGAUUCCAAUUUCAGAAACAAAUUGCAACGUUUGGGGACCUAGCCUUCGUAGACUUCCCAGAUGGAGACAUUUUGGAUUAUGAAAUUGGCUACCCAGAGGCACAAUGGGUCCCUAUUGCAUCAAAGGUGGAAACAUUGAAUUUACAACCACAAGAAAUCACGAAUCCGAACAUACUUGUCCCUACUGUUGAUACACUCAAACACGAGAAUCUAAUCUAUGGCAUGAUUCAGGAGCACAGAACAUUGAUAUUGUGCGGUCCACCAGGUUCAGGAAAGACAAUGACAUUAUUUAAAGCCCUUUCGAAAUCUUCCCAAUAUGAUAUUCUCGCCCUCAAUUUUUCAAAGGAAAGUACCCCACAAUCAUUGCUCAACUCCAUGGAAAAUUUUUGCGUAUACAAGCGUGUAAAUGGAGGGGUUUCCCUUUGCCCCAAAACAAACGGAAAGUGGGUUGUUGUAUUUUGUGACGAAAUAAACUUACCCGGACUUGAUCGGUUUGGUACUCAAACAGUGAUAUCUUUGAUCAGGCAAAUGAUAGAACACAAUGGGUUUUGGAGACCAAAAGAUUUGCAAUGGGUGUCCCUUCAAAAUAUACAAUUUGUUGGUGCUUGUAACUCCCCUAAAGAUCCGGGUCGAUAUGAAUUGAGUCCAAGUUUCUUGAGACAUGUAUGUUUGGUACAAGUGAAUUCCCCUGGGAAGUCGUCAUUACUACAAAUAUAUCAAACUUUAAACAAUGCUAUUUUCAAGUGCGCUCCGAAUCUUAAACCAUUUGUGAGCCAAAUCACGCGUGCAAGUAUUGACAUCUAUGAAAAAUCAAAGUCUAAGCUAGUGCUCUAUGUAUACUCGCCAAGAGAAUUGACCCGGUGGAGCAGAGGCUUAUUUGAAGCAAUCAAAAGUAUUGAAUACAGGGAUUUGAGUCAAUUUUUGCGUUUGUGGUAUAAUGAGGGAUUGAGACUAUUUUACGAUCGAUUGUCAAUGGAAGAAGACAAGUUCUGGACUUUGGAUUUAUUUAGAAAAGUCUGUGAUUUGCAUUUUCCGAAUGUGGAUUCCAGUUCGUGUUUCCAAGCUCCAGUGUUUUUCAGUGAUUGGUUGAAUUCAAAGUACCAAUCUGUAAAUAGCCACGAACUUAAACGGUUUACCAAAGAAAGAUUGAGGGUUUACAGCGAAGAAGAAAUUGAAACGGACCUAGUAUUGCAUGAUGAGAUGUUGGAUCAUGUAUUGAGAAUUGACAGAGUUAUGAAACAACCCCAAGGACAUGCAAUUCUUGUUGGACCUAGCAGUAGUGGUAGAAUGACCCUUACUAGGUUCGUUGCCUGGAUGAAUGGAAUAAAAGUGGUUCAAUUGAGCGUCAAGACCGGUUACACCAUAGAUGAUUUUGAUGACUUUUUAAGACACUUGUUGUUGCGUGUGGUGGAUGGUGAGAAAAUAUGUUUGGUGAUUGACGAAUCUAGUAUAGUCGAGGCAUCUUUUGUCGAGAGAAUGAAUGUUUUAUUAGCAAAUGCAGAAGUACCCGGUCUAUUUGAAGGAGAAAAUCGUGCAACUUUGAUUAGCAAAUGUGCGGAGAAGUCCCAAUUGCAAGGAUUGUUUCUUGAUUCAGAAAGUGAGUUGAGUCGCUGGUUCACAAAUCAAAUCUCGCAAAAUUUACAUGUGAUUUUUACAAUUGGUGAAUCACGAGUGGGUAAAGGCAGAGAAGUCUUAUCAUCUCCAGCCUUGUUCAAUAGAUGUGUUUUGAGUUGGACGGGCGAUUGGUCGAACCUCUGCUUACGCAAUAUUGCUUCCUCGAAAUUGAACAACAUAGUUUUGGAUUCUUUUACAAUCAAACCUUCUGAUGAUGACCUGGAUAUUGCAGAGGGAGGUUGCACUGGUCAUAAAGACCUUAUUAUUGACUAUUUGAUAUAUGUUCACCGCAAUAUGUGUCAUUUAAAUUUCACUCAUGAACACAAUUAUCCAGCUAAAUUCUUGACACUUAUCGAUACUUUUAUGACCUUGUGUUCUCAAAAAAGAGCCGAAGCAGAUGAAAGACAGCGGCACAUUGUUGUUGGAUUAGAAAAACUCCAACAGACCGUGUUGCAAGUGGAAAAGAUGAAGCUGUUCCUAGCGUCAAAAGAAAAAGAGCUCAUGCAGAAGAAUCAAGAAGCUAGGCAAAUGUUGAAUCAAAUGCUCGGGGACCAAAAUGAGGCCGAACGAAAACAGGAGUUUUCCAUAGAAACCCAAAGAGAACUCGAAAAGCAAGAAGAGCUCAUCCUUUCUAGAAGAGAGACUGUUAUGAAGGAACUUGCUUUGGUUGAGCCCGCGGUUCUUGAAGCGCAACGGGGGGUUCAAAACAUCAAGAAACAACAUUUGACUGAAAUUAGAAGUAUGUCGAAUCCACCUGCUGCAGUGAAGAUGACCAUGGAAUCCGUUUGCGUGUUACUUGGUUACCAUAUUUCAAAUUGGAGAGAUGUUCAAUUGGCAGUGAGAGGGGAAGAUUUUAUACCCAAUAUUGUAAAUUUUGAUUGUGAAAAUCAAUUAUCACCUGAGCUUAGGGAUUACAUGGAGCAAACUUAUUUAUCAAGACCAGAUUUCACUUUUGAAGUUGCCCAUAGGGCCAGUAAGGCUUGCGGUCCAUUGUUGGAGUGGGUAAGAGCACAACUUGCUUAUUCCCUGAUAUUGAAGGAGGUUGGACCACUACGCGAGGAGGUGAAUCUAUUGGAGCAAAGAACUGUCAAGACCAAGGCUCAUUUGAUUGCCAUCGAUCAAAUGAUUAAAGAAUUAGACGCUAAGAUUGAAAACUGCAAAAGUAGCUACAGUGAGUUAAUAAGGGAGACAGAGAAAAUCAAGAUGGAAUCAAGCGAGGUCCUGCAGAAGCUUCAACGAAGUAUUACGCUAGUUAAAAAUCUUGAGAACGAAAGAGUAAGAUGGAGGGAUUCAAGCAAGUCAUUUGAUUCAACCAAUGAAUGUAUAGUUGGUACGGCUUUGCUAUGUGCUUCUUUCGUCACGUAUGCUGGAGCAUCAGAUGAGAAAGGACGAGAUAUUCUACGCAGGGUUUGGUGCAAACGUCUUGCAGAUUUGAGUAUCCCGUAUGAUUCAGGUGUGCUGAUUGCUGGAUACUUGGUAAAGAAGAGUGAACUUCGACGUUGGUUGGAAAAUGGGUUGCCGGAUGAUGAAUUGAGCAAAACCAACAUUGCUUUAUUGAGUUGGAUCGACCAUCCAAUAUUGAUAGAUCCGUCUGGGGCAAUCGUGGACGUCAUUGCUAAAUCAUAUCCAGCCAAAAUUCUUACAGUUGCAGCUUUCAACAAUGAUGCCUUUUAUAACACCUUGGAAAACUCGUUACGGUUCGGUGGAGUAUUAGUACUUGAAGAUGCCGAAGAGCUCAACCCUAUUGUGAAUGACUUGUUGAGAAGUACCAUGCAUCGAAAUAAUGGUAGAAUGAUGGUUGAACUCGCAGGAAAACUUGUAGAUUUUAAUCCCAGUUUUAAGUUGAUAAUGUGUACAAAGGAGUUGGGACUCGAACUAACUGAGUUUGUUCGAUCAAGGGCUGGCAUUAUAAACUUUUCAAUCACUAGUGGUAGUUUGGAAAAUAGGGUUCUUGAUAACGCUUUGCGUGUUUCGCAUCCCAAGUUGGAAAAGCAAAGAGCUGAAUUGAUCCUUGCAAGGAGUGACAUAACAACGCAAUUACAAAAUCUAGAAGAUGAAUUAUUGGUAUCUUUAAACACUAAAGCUGAAAACAUUUUGGAAGACGACAAAUUGCUUGGAACCUUAGAGACCUUGAACAAAAACAGUGUGGAUCUUUCAAAGAGGUUAGAGAAUGCAAAGGAAGUUAUGUCAGAAGUGGAUAGCGUGAGAGAACAGUUUGAAGCGGUUGCUAGUCAAUGUGUGGCCAUAAAUCUGUUAGUGACAGUGUUUCAAAGGCUCUUUCAGUUUUACGAGCUUUCAGUAUCUGCGUUUUUAGAGCUUUGUGUUCAUGUCAUGAACCAGAAUGACUUGCUAGAUCCUGAAAUCACCGCUUUGAAUGUAUAUCGCGAGACCUUCAAUGUUGUGUCUCCAGCAUUACCAUACAAAGAUAAAAUUGUGCUAGCAUUGUUGUUGAUGGUGCUCAGAAACUCAUUUCAGAUGGGCGACGGCUACAAGGAAGCUAUCGCACAGAUAAUGCGCCACUUGUUAAAGCACAAAUCUUUGGAGGGAUCUUCAAUGGAUUCUAUUGUUUCAGGCUCCAAAUUGACAAAUUCUAGCAUUGUUGGUGCCAAGAAAGAGACUGAUGGACCGUCGAUUUCUGCAUUGGUCGAGUUCGCAGCCAAUCCAAAAACAACUCCUUUUGAUAUAUUUGUUCACUUUUGCAGUCCCCUUUUUCAUGUCACCCCAUUUGAAUCAAAGUACGAUACAGAAUACUGGCUCAAGAGUACUCAACCAAUUUUGGCAGUGUCUCCUGAUGGCUAUGAUCCUACUUUCAAAUUUGUUGAGGUGGCCGAGAAGUACAAGCGGAAGGUUAUCGUAGUUUCUAUGGGCUCAAAAGAAAGUGCUGAUACUGCCAACAAAGCAUUAGAGAAGUCGCAAAAAGAACCAGUUUGGAUCAUCGUUCAAAAUGUCCAAUUGGCCACGCAUUGGCUCGAACAUUUGAAACUCACUAUAUCUAAUCUCAGUCAAGUUUCAGGAUCAAAGUUACUUUUAACUUGCAGCUCUUACUCGAGGUUGCCCCGGGCUAUCAUUACCAAAAGUAGGGUACUUUAUUUCGAAAAAGUUGUCUCCUUCAGAAAAGCCGUAUCAGAGUCAUUUGCAGCUAUCCCAACCUUUUUGUUAUCAAGCCCCGUUGAUUUUCAUGUCUUCCUAUUAUUAUCAUGGUUUCAUGGUCUAGUUUCCGAAUUGUGUCGUUACAUUCCGUUUUCAUUCAAGAGCGAUUUUCAAGUUGAUGAUGCUGAUUUCACUUGUGGAAUCAAUGUGAUAGAGAAUGCAAUCUAUGCGGCAAAAGGGCGUGUUGAGCGGAUUCCAUGGCAGGAGAUAAGGAUAAUGCUAGGCGAUGUUGUUUAUGGUGGUAAGAUUUCCAGCAAAGAAGAUCACAAAUAUCUUCAAAAUCUUUGCAACCGUACUUUCACAAGUGAUUCGCUCAAACUGAACUUCGAUUUGAUCGAAAAUGAGAUCUCUUCACAAACUAAAGAGGCUCUACAUUUACCGGAUUCGAAUACGAUGGAAGCAUAUUCCAGCUGGCUUGAAAAUUUGCCUGACGAAGUACCUCUUUCUUGGCUUGGCUUGGAACAAAAUGUAAAGGAGUCAUUGACAACCAAGUCCCAUGAAGAAACAAUCGAAGAAUUCCUACAGUUGAUAGAUACAGUCUAG